AGUUUGACUCGAAUCCUCUCUGUGCCCUCAUUUUUUUUUUUGUUUGUAAUUGUCAUCUUUCGCAUCCCUCUUUUGCUCCUAUUUUAUUUUCCCCCACCAUUUUCUUUUAUUUCAAGCUCUCUUGAAUCUAUUCUAUUAGGCCUUUAUAUCUCUACGCCUCUCUGGCUCUCUCUCUUCUACUCAUCUGUGGGGUUACACAUCUUGGAUAGUGGUGAAGAGAUGGCUGUGGAACUCAUGAUGGGCUUUUCUGGUGAUAGUUUUCCAGCCAAGAUGCAAGAGAAUGCUGUGAGAGAAGCGGCUACUGCUGGGAUCCAGAACGUUGAGGAGGUCAUUAAGCUGCUCAAAAGAAAUCAGCUGCAGCAGCAACAAUACUACCCUGAGUUUUCUUCUUCAGCGGGUAAUAGUCCUCCAGGGUCGGAUAAUAUUAUGGCUGUUACAGAUGCGGCUGUGAACAGUUUCAAGAAGGUUAUUUCUUUGCUUGGUCGCACCACGAGAACCGGCCAUGCUCGCUUUCGUAGAGCCCCUGUUUCUACGGCUUCUGUUGCUCAAGAACAGCAGAAGCAACCACAACCACAAGAGCAGCAGCAACAAGUUCAAGAUCCAGGGCCUUCUGUUCGACCUAUCAGUUCUCAGACAACAGAGCAAGUCUCUGCCUUUAGAGUUUACCAUCCGACUCCGGUUCAUCGGCUCCCUCCCUUGCCUAAUGGUCACCACCACCAGCAAAAGAGUCAUCUUUUAGUUACAAAGAAUGGGUUUUCAGAGAGGAACGAGAUGGCUUCUUCUACUAAUUUCUCUAAUUCACCUUCAAUCUCUGCCUCUACUUCUUUCAUGUCUUCCUUAACAGGGGAAACCGAUAGUGUACAGCGCUCCAUGUCCUCUGGGUUUCAAUUUGCCCAACCCUUACAUGUCUCAUCUGCUGGAAAACCUCCUCUGUCCUCAGCUUCCCUUAAAAGAAAGUGCAAUUCCAUGGACGAUGCUGCUCUAAAGUGCGGUUCCUCUUCAGGGCGAUGCCAUUGCUCCAAGAAAAGGAAAUCAAGAGUGAAGAGAGUGGUUAGAGCCCCUGCAAUUAGUAACAGGAUGGCUGAUAUUCCGCCUGAUGACUAUUCCUGGAGAAAGUAUGGUCAAAAGCCCAUCAAAGGCUCUCCUCAUCCAAGGGGAUAUUACAAGUGCAGUAGCAUGAGAGGGUGCCCGGCUCGGAAACAUGUGGAGAGAGCUCUGGAUGAUCCUAUGAUGCUGAUUAUCACAUACGAAGAUGAUCACAAUCACUCCCAAUCCAUCAAUGAUGCACCAGCCGUUCGGGUUCUGGAAUCAUCUUAAAAAGUCAACUCAUUCAGGGGCUCAUCAAAGUUCUUUCUUAUUUUAAAUCACAGCCGUUGAAGAGAAUAGUAGCAGAUAGUCAACGCAGAAGGCCUAGAUGGUUACGUUAGCUGCCUAAGCAAGAUCGAAAAAUAUAGAACUCCUGUGCUUUGUCCUCUUUUUUCUCCCCAAAAACUGUUGAGAAAUAUGAAAAAAAAAAGGAUUAGGAGUAAGUAGAUAUUGUGGAUUUGGUGGGAGUUGAAUCAUGCAAGUAGUGGAGACUUUAUUUAUUUAUUUAUUUUUAUAGAA